CGGAAAACGCGUGUAGUCGCUGUAUAACCGAGUAGAACCGAGUAACCUUCUGUGUUUGUCUGAGUCAAGAACCCAAUUCAACUUAAACUGGAUAUACUGGGAUAAAUGUGCGUGUCCUGCUCUUACAGUCUGCCCAGCAUCCUCUUUUAGAGACGCUCCUUCCGUCUGAGCCCAUGAAGACAAAUCAAGAGUCGGACCUCCUGGAAGAGAGCCCCCCUCAGCAGAAUGGAGUCGCCCAGACUAGCCCCACCCACUACAGCUCCAUCACCCCCCCAGCUCCUGAAGAGGAACCCAUUUCCACCUACUUUGAGGAGAAGAUCCCGGUCCCUGAAGAUGUCACACAGGUGUUCAGCUUUCGGAAGCUGUGGGCAUUCACAGGACCUGGCUUUCUCAUGAGCAUUGCUUAUUUAGACCCGGGGAACAUAGAAUCUGAUCUUCAGUCAGGAGCAAAAGCUGGAUUUAAACUCUUAUGGGUACUACUGGGGGCCACCAUUAUUGGACUUUUGCUGCAGCGACUGGCUGCGCGACUAGGUGUUGUCACCGGGAUGCACUUGGCGGAGGUUUGCAACAGACAGUACCCAACUGUGCCUCGUAUCAUACUGUGGCUGAUGGUGGAGCUGGCAAUCAUUGGCUCAGACAUGCAGGAGGUCAUUGGCUGUGCCAUUGCCUUCAAUCUACUCUCUGUUGGCCGGAUCCCACUGUGGGCAGGAGUCCUAAUUACCAUCAUUGACACAUUCGUAUUUCUGUUUUUGGACAAGUAUGGUUUGCGGAAGCUUGAAGCCUUUUUCGGGUUCCUGAUCACCAUCAUGGCCCUCAGCUUUGGAUAUGAGUAUGUACGGGUGGCUCCAAAUCAGGGUGAGGUUCUGAAGGGCAUGUUUGUUCCAUACUGUGAAGGCUGCGGUCCUGUGCAGUUAGAGCAGGCUGUUGGGAUAGUUGGAGCGGUCAUCAUGCCUCACAACAUCUAUCUGCACUCGGCUUUGGUUAAGUCACGGCAGGUUGAUCGAGCCAGCAAGAAGGAGGUGAAAGAGGCCAACAAGUACUACUUCAUCGAGUCCAGCAUUGCCCUCUUCAUCUCCUUCCUCAUCAAUGUCUUUGUGGUGGCUGUUUUUGCAGAAGCCUUUUAUGACAAGACAAAUAUGGAAGUGAAUCAGCAGUGUAAUGAAACUGGAAGUCCUCACACGGAUCUGUUCCCGCUCAAUAAUGAAACUCUUCAAGUUGACAUCUACAAAGGGGGUGUAGUGCUGGGCUGUUUCUUUGGUCCAGCAGCUCUUUAUAUUUGGGCAAUUGGGAUUCUUGCUGCUGGACAGAGCUCUACCAUGACUGGGACAUAUUCUGGACAAUUUGUCAUGGAGGGCUUCCUUAACUUGCGUUGGUCUCGCUUUGCACGGGUGUUAUUGACCCGCUCUAUUGCCAUCUUUCCCACUCUGCUGGUAGCGAUCUUCCAGGAUGUGCAGCAUCUGACUGGCAUGAAUGAUUUCCUCAAUGUGCUGCAAAGCAUGCAGCUUCCAUUUGCUCUGAUCCCGAUUCUGACAUUUACCAGCCUCACAUCGAUAAUGAACGACUUCGCUAACGGACUGGUGUGGAAGAUUGGUGGAGGAGUAACUAUCUUACUAGUUUGCGCAAUAAACAUGUACUUUGUGGUGGUCUAUGUGACGGCCCUCAACAGUGUACUGCUGUAUGUCCUCUCAGCUCUGCUGUCCGUUGCUUACCUGUGCUUCAUUGGAUACCUGGUGUGGCAGUGCCUGAUCGCCCUGGGUGUCUCCUGUCUGGAUGUAUGUGGCAGGAUUCAGGUGGGGCAGGCUCGCCACAUCGAUAUUUACCUGCUGAAUAACAUGGACGGUGACUGUCUAGAGGAGAAUUAACAGAAUGUAAGAAGCAUUUUGUUUUGUUGGUGUUUUAUGUACUUGUCCCAGUACAUGAGGAACCUGGACCGGACCGACAAUUGGAACUGACCCUGAGCCGCUGUGCCCGCUCUAAAGUGACCUUGCAGGUGAAACUGCAGAUUGCAGGUUACGGUAUUCCUGUUUGGGAAUGACAUGAUAUAAUGAUGUCAUCUGUUUAAGUGAAGAUAAUUUAAGGGUUUUUAUGGAUUCACUCGUAUGAAUUGAUCCGUUCAGUUCAAUCACUAAGAAAUGACUAGUUCUAUUAGUCUGAGACCUAGAGUUAUUUUAGCGACUGUUAUCAGCAUCUUGUUUUCUUUUAUUAAUACUACUAGUAGGAAUAAUAAUAGAACAAGCAUUAUCAAGAUAUUUUAAACAUACAUGAAUAAUGUAAAAUUUUGAAAACACUGAAAUACUGAUAUUCAACAGGUUAAAUGGGGUUUUUAUAAAAAGACAACCUUUUUUUAACCUCCAGUGCACAAAGGACCAACCUGAAACUGCCCUUGUUCUCAUCUGAAGUGAUAAACUUCUAAAAUGUUGAAGUCGCCUUUUGAAAUGGCCAGUUGAUCUCAACUGCAAUUCCAUGUUUGUUAAUUUUACUGCAUGUACACAGUACUGUGCAAAAGUCAGGGAACCUUCACAGGUUUCAUUUCCAGUCAAAACAGCCUUUUACGUUCAAGUUAUUUAUUGCUCAGGAGAUGUUUGUGAGGAGAUUAGAUGUUAGAUAAUCCACUUAGUGGAGGAGAAAGUCAAAAAUAAAUUGAGUUUCCAAAACUGAAGGAUUAAAAUCUACAGAGAAAAGUCCUAACAACCACCUGGAAGACCUGGUAAACACCAAAACCCCAUCAGAUAAACAG